GAGAAGGAUGGAGAGCGACUUGUACAGCAAUCAUACACAAACAUUAAUGCAAAAAAACAAUCCCAUAUGUUAAAAAUAUUACAUAAAGAAAAAAGAAAAGAACAAAAGCAGGCCCACUUCAUCCAAAGCCUAAGGGAACCCAAUGCUCAUCUCAUCAUGAUCUUUGCAAUUUUUUUUCCUUUUUUUAUCUUGCACAGUCCCAUUUGCCGCUAAAUCUGCCGCUUAAUUUGUUUUGUUUCUGCGUUACUAAAUUUAGCUGCGACUUUACUCGGAUAUUUCCCUCCUGUCAUUUUCUCUUUUGCCCUUCCUUAAAGCUUGCAUUACAUUUCAGAGCUAUUUACUUGGGAGAUUUUUGCUUCUAUUUGUGGAAAUUUUUAGUAUAUACUAAUAUUGUUAUAAUUUUUAAUUUUCUUUCUUCGGAUUGUAGUCAUUGGGCAUUUGGGUUCUUGGGUUUCUCUUGGUCUUUCCUCUCCUGGGGCAGGGGGGGAAGGAAACGAAAUAAAGGUUUUUUCUUUGCGUGUGCCCCUGGUCGAGGGUUAGGGUUCCGAUGAAUUUUUAAAUGUAGUGUUGUUCAGUGGUUUGUUGAUUGUGAGAAUUGUUCUGUUAUCAAGAGAUGAGGUGCUUUUCUUGCAUAGGUUCUCACAAAAAUGAUACUAAGAUCGACACUGAAAAUGGCCUUCGAUCUACCCCACGCCAUUCUUCUGAUUCCUCAGGUAGCGGGAGGGGAAGGUCGAGUUCACAUGGUAAUAGAAAGGUGAAUGGUAGAAAGACUACAGACGCCAGUGGCGCUCGGAGUUUCACAUUUCGCGAGCUUGCCGCGGCGACCAGCAAUUUUAGAGAGACGAAUUUGAUUGGGGAGGGAGGUUUUGGGAGGGUUUACAAAGGCCGCUUAGAAUCUAGCGAGAUUGUUGCAGUGAAACAACUUAAUCAUGAUGGUGUUCAAGGGUUUCAGGAAUUUAUUGUGGAGGUUCUCAUGUUGAGCCUGUUGCACCAUCCCAAUCUUGUGACUUUGAUUGGCUACUGCACUGCUGGUGAUCAAAGACUAUUGGUUUAUGAGUACAUGCCAAUGGGUAGUUUGGAAGACCAUCUAUUUGAUCUCGAACCUGAUAAAGAGCCAUUGAAUUGGAGCACUCGGAUGAAAAUUGCUGUUGGUGCUGCUCAGGGCCUUGAGUACCUACAUUGCAAAGCGAAUCCUCCUGUUAUUUACCGUGACCUGAAAUCUGCAAAUAUCUUGCUAGAUGCUGAUUUCAAUCCAAAAUUAUCAGAUUUUGGACUUGCAAAACUGGGACCUGUUGGUGAAAAGACACAUGUUUCAACCAGAGUUAUGGGAACAUAUGGAUACUGUGCGCCAGAGUAUGCCAUGAGUGGCAAAUUGACUCUUAAAUCUGAUAUUUAUAGCUUUGGUGUUGUUCUGUUGGAGUUAAUCACUGGGCGAAAGGCAAUAGAUCGAUCUAAGAGGCCAGGAGAGCAGAACCUAGUUGCCUGGUCUCGUCAAUUUCUGAAGGAUCAGAAAAAGUUUUACCAAUUGGUUGAUCCUCUGUUGGAAGGGCGCUACCCUCGCCGUUGUUUGAACUAUGCAAUUGCUAUCACUGCAAUGUGUCUUCAUGAAGAAGCACAUUUUCGCCCUCUGAUUGGUGAUAUAGUUGUUGCCCUCGAAUACUUGGCCACACAGUGUCAUGGCACUGAAUCCAAUUCCAGUCGGGUACGAAGUGACACUCCACCAUCUUCUUUGCCAACAGAUAGGGGUGCAUGUCCUCAAGAACCAGUUUCUAGAAGCAAAGCAUUUUAAAUGUUGUUGGGAAGAAGCUUUUGAAACCCUCUUAUUACUAUUGUUAUUUGGUGUUCUUUCAGAUAUGGUUUGUCUAUCAAUGAAAGAUUCUUGCCUUCUUGGUUGAACGAUCUCUGCUUCAAUGAUAACUUAAGGAUCUCUUCUCAUCAUGUGUGCUUUCAGGUGUCCUGCCAAACUUAAGAUGGGAAACUUGUGAAAUUUCCUACCAUGUAACAUGUGCUUCUUCACAGUGCGUGAAUAUAUAUGUACAUCAUGUAUGUAUGUACAGUUGGGCUUGGAAAGAAGCUUUUUCAUUUAUAAAUUAUAAUAGUACAUAUCUCUGGUUCAUAUA